AUGUCAGCAUCUAAGCUAGCGCUCAAGGGCUCGUCCAAAAUAGUAUCAGACUACUUUGAAUUCGCAAUCAACAGCAUUCUUUUCCAACGAGGCAUAUACCCUGCAGAAGAUUUCAUCACCGUACGAAAGUACGAUCUACCAAUGGUUAUCAACAAUGACGAUGAUGUCAAAAAUUACAUUAGCAACAUUAUGAAACAGUUGAAGAAGUGGAUCUAUGGCAAGAAAAUCACCAAGUUGGUUGUUGUUAUUGUUUCCACUAGUACUGGCGAAAGCAUAGAACGAUGGGAAUUUAAUAUCGAGACUAAAGAUAAUGAUGAAGGAGAUGACCAGCAUGAAAAUGGGGGUGACAAAAAAAGCAAAAACGAGAUCCAAAAGGAAAUUAGAGCAAUAAUACGUCAAGUGACGUCGUCGGUGAGUUAUUUACCAGUUUUACGUGACGACGAAUACACAUUCAAUGUGUUGGUGUAUACCGAUAAAGAUACAAAUAUACCUAUACAGUGGUGCGAUACCAAUGGGGAUGGAAGGAUAUUGGAAGGUGACAAUGUUGAUGAAAUAGAUUUUGCUAGUUUCAGUACCGAUAAGCAUAAAGUAAAGACGUCAGUUAGUUACAAAUUUGAAUGA